AUGGAAGAUGGCCAGUAUUGGGCUAAAAAUGUGUUCCACGGACACAAAAAGUACCCAGACUUUCUACGCACUAGCACAACGAUUCUAGAUUGUUCCAAAACUGAGCUACAGCUUGGUUUGAUCGAGCACUGCUUCAAAAAGGAAGAACAUCACGUUAGUCCCCACAAAAACCCUCAAUCGGGGAAAGCUUUCAUCCCCACAGCACCGUCCACGCUAGAGGUGAUCAAGACAAAGGCUAAAUCUCACAAAGGUCCCUCGAGCAUAUUUGACGAGUCUGUUCAGGAGGCAGGUGGAGUUAUUUACUGUGAAGUAGCUGCUGACAUGCCGAGAGAUGUGAAGCAAAUUUCAAACACAAGGCAGACUCUGAAGGGAAAAGAAGAAAAAGACGAGUUUGCGUCUUUACCUGGGUUAGCAAGGCAAGAUCCAGCCAUACGAAAUUUGCAGUGGAAUCCAAAUCCCAGGGUUGUAUUUGCAACCGAUCAGCAACCAGCGGAAAUAGUGGAUGAAUGUUGUAGCCCUACCUCCCAAUGCAUUUUGACAAUCGACACUACAUAA